CCACAGGGGAUGACAACAACUACUGCCAAAAUGACAGAGAAUGGUGCACAAGUAUGUUGCAAAUUAACGUUACCGUAUAAGUGUAAUAAGUAUCUAACGAAAGGUUUUUAAUAAACUAACAUGAUGUCUGUGGCGAUGUUGACUUUAUUUCCCCAUGAAACGCGCACCUUUCCAUCAACUAUUUCCAGAUGUGCUUAGCAAACUAUAUUUUGAACUAGCGUACGCCUGUUUGUCAACAUAGCUAUGUCGUUUGUCUGUUUCAGUAACAUUGCUUUGUACGUGGUUUUCUAUUUCUCUCGAGACACACUCCAUACAAGUUAACGAGUAUGUACGCGAUCACUAACAUUGUUUACAGUUAAUCCCCUUGCAUACAACGAUCUAGUAACCACAGAGACACAUCGCAGUUAGUUUAAUUCUAACAAACAUUUCACAGUUACUUCCUGGUUCUGAUCAGCUGUUUUCCUGCCUUUGGCCAGAGAUUAAUACUGAAGUUAAACCUAAACUUCAAGUUAGCAGCUAGAAGUACUUUGUUAUCAAAGUAAAAUCAGAAGUAGCAUAUGGGUCAUGAAUAUAUUAUGUUGUUUUCUAAGUGAGUUUGUAUUUUCUUUUAGUUGUUUGCUAGGUUGGAGGGGAGACGGUCAUUGAGGGACAUUGAACCUCACAUCUUUCCUGACGGUGCUGGACCUAUUCAAGGUAGUUUGGCCUUGGUGUAUAGACGUAGCAUCAUCAGUCCAUAUAAAUCAAUUAUUACAGUAGUCACAUAGUUGACAUUUCUUUUACAUUCAUAAUCCAGGUGACGUAGUGGAGUUCCAUGGCACCGAGGGAAGUGGGAAGACGGAGACCAUGUACCAUCUGGUGACCCACUGCAUCCUCCCAGCCGACCGGGGGGGCCUGGAGGUGGAAGUCAUGUACGUGGACACCGACUACCACUUUGACAUGCUGAGGCUGGUGACAGUACUGGAGCAGCGCCUGGGGGAGGAUGCAAAAGGAGAGGAUGGUGGGGCGGCAGUAGAGCCUGAGGAGAGGGUGCGAGCCUGCCUAGGCCGACUCUUCGUAGUUCACUGCUCCAGCUCGGUCCAACUGCUUCUCACACUGCACUAUCUGGAGAAUACCUUCUGCAGCCGGCCCGCUCUGUGCCUAUUGGUCAUCGACAGUAUCUCAGCCUUCUAUUGGGUGGACCGGAGCGGGGGAGGGGAGAGCGUGGCCAAGCAGGAAGCCAACCUCAGGAAGUGUUCAGAGCUCCUGGACCGGCUGCUGAGGGACUACCGUAUAGUGGUGUUCGCCACCACGCACGCCAUCAUGAGGAACUACGGGCACUCGGCUCAGGCUGAGGUGGCGGCCAUGACACCUGGACCUUCUGAGCCUUCCUCAUCGUCUUCCUCCUGGAGACGGUGGUCCUCCUCUCAUGCCUCAAACUUUGACAAGGCCUACCUCAGCAGGGCCUGGCAGAGGCUAGUGACACACAGGGUGCUGUUCUCCAAAGGAGAGGUGACCAAGGACAGAAAGCAGGUGUUUUCAGCUGCAUGCACCACCACAAGGACAAGAGGCGCUAAAUGCUCCUCUUUCUGUGUUAUGGAAGGGGGUGUUCAGUUUUUAUGAAGAUGUUGUUGAACCCAGAUGAUUGAAUUCUAUUCUGAUUCUGGAUGUGUUCAACUGAUAGAAGAUCCAAUUGAAGCUACAGCAACUUUUAGUGAUUUUAUUUCUUACAUUUGUUAGAUUAUUAUGUUGGAUGUUUGUGUCACUUGUAAAAAUAUAAGAAAUUAAAAAGAAGUAAGAUAGGGCAACUGUUACAGAGGUCGCAAUGUUUUGAAAAGAAAUCACACCAAUAAAGUCUUGAGAAAACCAGCUGCUUCUGGUCUGGUCCGGAAUUUCCAUAGUAUGCCAAUGGGAAUUCUAAGGUUAGUAUACGAUUAGGCCUGCUGCCAUAGCAAUAACACAAGUAUCUUUAUUUCUGCUAUUUCAUUUCAUUUGAAUAUGAGGGGGGAAAUAUGUUGAGUUUCUUCUUCAUGUUGAGCAUAAAAAAUACAAUUUGAUUGAAUAAACACUAAGUAUAAGUAAGGUACUGUAUAAGUGACUGGUCUUUUGAUUUUAAAUG